UCAUAGGACAACGGAUUUGUUGUUAAAAGGAAGUGGCCAUUAUUGGCACACAAAAAAGUUGUGUAUUUGGGCUGUUUUAACGCAGUGUCCCACCAGGAAUCAAUAUGAAAGAGAGAUAACGUGUAAUACGCUGUAGUUUAAGAACAUUCUGUAGAUAUAUUUACAUUUUUUAAGAGCGUACAUUUUCUAAAGCCCAUGCAGCUCUGAUUCGCUAUUUUUGCCCAACCGACAUAACAACCAUGAACGACCAUUUCGACAGAGCUCCCGGGGCAGGAAGAGCCCGAAUGCCACCAACAUCUCCUGGCCUCGCAGGUGGCGGAGACGGGGACACUAAAACAUCAAUUUUUUGUCAAAGGGAACCACUUAGACAGCCGAAAACAUCCCCUCCUUUCGUGGAAAAUAACACAAACAGCAACGACCAGGCCAGCGGAGACUGCAGAAAACAGAGUAAAUCCCAACAGCCAUACACCAACAACACAGAUGUAUCCAAAGGGUCUGGUGUUGAUACCCUGGUCAUGUCAUCGAAACUCUCAGCCAGUGCCCCCGAGUUUGUUCCAGCAUCAGCAUCGAGUUACUUUGAGGACCCCGCCUAUCAGGACUACGAUGGCAGUGGCGCCCAGGACCCCUCCUAUCAGGACUACGACGGCAGUGGCGGAUACGCCGAGCCGACGCUGGCCGAGACGGUUGCCGACUUCCUGGGCCACCUCAGCUCCUCGCCGGGCUCGUUUGACGCGGACGUGGGCUACAUCGUCACCAUGCUGAAUGCCUGGGUCACAACAGAGGAGCUGCUGAAAGACCUGGUGGAGCUGAUCUACACGCAGUCUAGUGCUAUUCCCAACUUCUCCUACACGGGUGCCAGACUCUGUAACCACCUGUCUCAACAUCUCAAAAUAAGCCCCAAGAGUGGAAACUUCCGCCAGCUCCUCCUGCAAAGGUGUAGACAAGAGUUUGAUCACAAGGACAAGGCCGUAAAGGGCGACCCCACCACCCGGAAGAGCUUCCACUCCUUUGUCCUCUUCCUGGGAGAGCUCUACCUCAAUCUGGAGGUGAAGAGCCAGACUGGACCCCCAAACAGAGCCGACAUUCUUCUGGGUGCUCUGAAAGACCUGUUGGACUGUCUUUUCUCCAACCCCGACGACUCAAACCUCAUCUGUGCUGUCAAACUGCUCAAGCUCACUGGCUCGGUUCUCGAGGACACGUGGAAAAGGAAUAAGAAGUCGGACAUGGACAAGUUGGUAAAGAGGAUAGAAAACACCGUUCUGGAUGCCAAUUGCAGCAGGGACGUGAAGCAGAUGCUCCUGAAACUGGUGGAGUUGAGGUCCAGCGACUGGGGGCGGGUCCACGCCGCUGCCGCCGCCAACUACGCCACGCCGGACAACGACCCCAACUACUUCAUGAAUGAGCCCACGUUCUACACCACGGAUGGCACGCCGUUCACCGCAGCCGACCCAGAGUAUUCUGAGAAAUACCAAGAGAUCCUUGACCGGGAAGACAUCAACUUCCCAGAGCAAGAAGAGAAUAAUGGCAGCGACUCGUAUGAGGAAGAGGAGGACGACGAGAUGGACCCAGAGAUCGAAGAAGCCUUUGAGAAUUUCUGUUUGGAAUCUGAAAAAGAGCGGGCGAAAAGACAGUGAGACACAGAACCGACACCGUCCCUUUACUCGCACAACAUUCGGGAUAAGCUUAUAUAGCCCUGUGAAUAGUUUGCACUUCCGUUUCAGUUGCUUUGUCAGGAAAUGAUGGCUAUAAUUAGACAGCCAUCAACUGGAUCAAACAUCUCAGCGUUUGGGUUAUUCAGACUUUCCUAGUUCAGUUUCCAUUUAGUUGACUUUGAGUUCCUUUAGAAACCCUCUUUCCUCUAAAGACGACUGCUGGAGAGAAAUCGAGAAGAGUGCUGUGUGAUCCGAACAAUUCUGAAUGGUAGAGUAGUUGACACACAGAGUCUUGGUCAGAUGCUGUUUCUGCCUGUUUGUUUUUUUUGUUUUUAAGCUAAAAUAAAUUUUACAUUUUACGCCAGAUAAUAUUUCUGGCUUUUCUGUUCAGGGGGACAGUUUGCUGAUUUUCAAAUCUUAAAAUAAAUAUGCACUGAUGGAAGAAGUGCAUAUUACAAUAUGCACAGUGUACAAACACUGAGACUGGUCAACUGGGUUGGUUGACAGGGUUUUCAGUAUUCAGUUAUUUUUUAUUGCUCGUUCCCCCAUAUUAAAGGUUGUUGUAAACAGAAACUAUUUGGGCCUCAUAAUUAGAAUUGAACCAUUUUUAAAACAUGUAAGUGUUUUUUUUUGUUCCAUGCGGGGUUAAGUAAAGAAAUGUUUAAGUACAUAGGCCAACCUUUGUACUUUUUUGAUAGGUUGUAAAUAUUAUUUAAAGUUUUGAUUGUGUGCAAUAAAUACUCAAUAAUGUGA